AUGAUUGGUAUUCCAUUGAUCUCAGAAUAUAUCCAUCGAGUGGUAAAGCCACAGAUGGUUGCUGAUCGAGUGGAUUUUUUGAAUUAUUAUACAACAUCUUUGUUAUUAGCUUUAGUGGCAUUGGCUAUCUCAGCAAAACAAUAUUUCGGCUCACCAAUUCAGUGUUGGGUACCGAUGGAAUUCCGAGGUGGUUGGGAAAAGUAUGCAGAGGAUUACUGCUUCAUUCAAAAUUCAUACUAUAUUCCGUUUGCGGAACAGAUACCAGAAGAACUAAAUGAACGAAAAGAUCAGAUCAGCUAUUAUCGAUGGGUGCCAAUAGUGUUAGCAUUACAAGCUUUAAUGUUUUUUGCUCCGAACUAUUUUUGGAAUAUUUUAUAUAAAGAAACAGCAAUACAACCGCAAGGGAUUGUAAAGGAAGCUAAGAAAUGUUCUACUUUACAUGGUCACAGCCGUGAUGUAGAAAUUCAUAAUUUGGCUGCAUAUAUUAGCGAUACAGUAUCAAUUUUCAACUCUCAAAAAGACCUUAAAGUGGGAUUUACUCGAUCGGGCCGUAGUGCUACAAUGUUGUAUUUGCUAACUAAGCUUCUUUAUGUGUUGAAUAUUAUUGGUCAAAUUUACAUGUUAAAUCACUUUUUCGGUGGUCACUAUUUGCAAUGGGGUUUUCAGACAAUAACGGAUUUAGUAUCCGGAAAUGAGUGGAUGGAAUCGUCAAUAUUUCCACGUGUUAUCAUGUGUGAUUUCCAGGUACGUCGUCUGGGUAAUAUACAACGUCAUACUGUACAAUGUGUCAUUAUGAUGAAUAUGAUCAAUGAGAAAUUUUACUUAUUUCUCUUGUUUUGGUUUAUUUUCGUAGGUAUUUGCACGUUAAUUAAUUUUGUAUACUACCUUUUUUUGUUGUGUCUGUCAAGAGCGCGUGCGCGAUUGGUAUUGUGGAAUGUUAACAAACGUGAAUGGAAGUUGUGCGGAUUUCAUAGCGAUGAUAUGAAGCGUUUCGUAGAGGAUUUUCUUCGACCUGAUGGUGUACUUCUGUUGAAAUUCAUCAGUGAACAUGUCGAUGCUAGAAUAUCUCGAGAUCUUGUUAAUGAAUUGAUCCGAAUUUAUUCAAAACAGCAAAACAUAGCCAUAGAAAAUGACAGCAAACAAACAUCGAGUGUAUCCUCAGAUGAGAAGGCAAUACUGAUCAACAAUAAGAUGAAUAAGAAGUAUUGUGGAAAUUUCGGAAAAAAUAUUAAGUCUCUUUACUCUUCAAAAGGCAAUAUACCGAUACCAAGUCAAAUGUUACAUUCACCGCCCUAUAGGACCAGCUAUGAAAGUGCACCUGCCCUAGAAGAUCUCGUCGAUGGAACUUUACCUAUUCGAGCGAUGGCACGCGCUCGAAUUACACAGCCUCAAAAUCAUUCCACCGAAAAUGUUUAUGGUAGUCCUGAAUCGCAGUUGCGACAGAAUACACCUACUGAAGUUUAA